AUGAGGAAAAUGUGGUCGGCCAGCUGGGGAACGGGAUGGGUAAUGGGCCCUUCCAGAUCUGUUUCGAACGAUAGGAGCGCGAAGGUUGCAAGUUUGUUGUUUCGUUCUUCCAUCAUUGAAGUUGCACUGCGGCGAAUCUCUUCCAAAUUGAUUCCAAGGAGAUAUUUAGUAUUGGGUCUUAUCAUGUACCCUUUUUGUUUAGUGGUGCUACUGCCAGUAUUACCGUAUCAAAUAAAAGUUUGCGAUCUUGGUCAACACAAGGAAAUGGAUAGGAUAUGUGACUGGUGUGACAUCACUGCUUGGAAAGAUUUCCCAUGCCAUGUCGCCCUUCCCUCUUACUCCUCCAUAGCCGCCCAUCGCUGGCUCAUGUCCUUACAAUGCCUAGAGGCUAAUCCCGAUAUAUCCGGGCUGGGGGUGCGGAUCGCGUUUUACGCGCAGACUUUGGCGCUCGUGCUGUUGACUGGCCGCUCUCUUGAAGAGGCGCUCUCCUCCGUGUGGACCCUACUCGGCACGUCGUUCGGGCUCGCGGUCUCGGCGCUUGUUACUGCCGCCCAGGCGCAGCUGCCACUUUACCAGGCCAUCAUCGUGACGGACCUCGUCUGGCUCGCCAACUUUGCUAUUUUCAUGGCCCUCGCGGCCUACAACCGCCACCCGCGCGGCUCGCGCGUUGUGCAGUACUGCGCGAUUGCGCAGACGUAUGUCAGCAUGGGCUGUGUGCUGUACAUCUGGUCACAAGCGGACCAGCUAGACGGCGACGGGGGCCCGGACGAGGACAAGACUAUAUUCGUGGUCAUGUUCGCCAGCGUCAACGCGACCGGCCACGGCCGCACGAUUGCAUUGACCAUCACGAGCCUUUUGCUGGCUGCAUACUCGGUCGUCGCGGGGCUCUUCCUGUGGAAGCGUGUCCCGCCCCUUGUUGCACAGAGCCUCCAAGCCCGCAGAGCUAAACCCAAACCCAGCCCCAAACGCCCCGACCCACUGUCUCUGUCGCUGCCGCUCACUUCAUCUGUGUCAGCCGCCCCCUCUUCAGCGGCGAGUAAUGCCUCCACUUUCCCCCCUCCUUCCCGCCAUCGCCCACGCGCAGUGUCCACGACCACCGCCCCGCCCUCGCUCCCCUUCGACCCCCACCUGCUCAUCCUCACCGUCCUGUUCCUCCCCCCGUACCUCGUCACGCUCAUCUGCACCGAGCUCCAGAUCGUACGCAACGAUAUCUGCCCCGCGAGCAACAACUCGUGGGGCUUCGGCCAGGUCCUCGCGCUCUCCGUCACCAUCGUCCCGUUCGUCAUCACCUGCCAGGCCUUCUGGCGCUACGGCAUCAAGCAGCGCAAGCGGGACCGCGACCGCGAGCGCCACAAUCAUGGCCCGAUACCGAGGGUUGUUGUCGACCAAGUGCCGUCCUUUUAG